AGAGGCUUAUGGCAAUGGAAUAAAUCGUAGAAGUUUAGAUUUUAAAAUCGGAAAGUUUUAGAAAGUUUUCUCCAAUCGCGAAACAGACUUACACUCUGUGAUUGGACUUUAAUUGAAGUGAUGCUUUCCAAUUAAUUUUAAAUUGAGCAUUUCUGCACAGUAAGAGAGUCUGGGAGACCUUGCACUGACAAUAAAAAAAAAUACAUGGAGGUCUGUUGCACAAUAACAAUCUUUUACAAACUAUAGGGGAAUAUUAGCAUCUCUGGAUUUUGUAGAGAAACAUUUAAAGGAAGCAUGAGGGUAAUGACAUUUGACAAAUUAUGUGAAUAUCGUGGUGUUGGUGAACAGUAAUUCUGCUAUUCUAUUCCAGGCAUUCUUAUUCGGACAAACAAAUUGCCAAACUGAUGGAUAUCUAUAUAACAGUUUCGUAUAUUUGAAGGUUACUAUGAUUCAGUGUUUCUGGGAUACAAACUUGCGCCUCAUUUUCUCAUUUGCAUAUGAAUGCAACAGUUUUUCUGUGGAAAAGGAUGAUUAUUUUCACGAGAUUUAUAUGAAUGUUUGACUGUAUUUUGCCGUAGAAAAUGUUGGAGGAAGCCAUUAUGUAACAAGAGAGGUCUUGGCGGGACGUUGAGACUGAAUUCAAGUCUAAUCAAUACAGUGAAUGAAAAUCUUCGUAGAAAUAUUGUAGCUUAUCUUUUAUGCAUCAAAUCGUGGGAUCAAUUGUACUGGUCAUGUUUUUAUGCUUGGAGAGAAUGCUUUCAUGAGUUUUAAUACGAAGUUGUUGGUUUUACGGUUUAAAAUGAACAGGUUUGGAUGAGAGACAGGAAAGUUAAGCUAGACAAGAAUUUUCAGUUGAAUGGACUAAUUUUUAGUGACACUGUUUACUUAAAUACUAAAUUCAAACAUAUUUGAAUGUAAUCUAAACAUAAGUGACCACCUUUUGCAAUUUUGUAAGAGAAUAGAUUUUAUAAGUGAUUAUGAACAGUUUGAUUUUAAAAGAUAAACAAUCUGAAAGCACAUUUUAUAAAGACAUUACAUGCUUGUAAAUGCUAAAUCAGUGUAGCUUUAAGCUUGUGAGAAAUAAUGUCUUUAGGAUGACAUGGAAUUCUAAAUACAUGUUAGCAGAUUAUAUUCAUAUUUAUUUGAAUCAUCAGAAGAGAGUAUUUAUGUAAAACAAAAGAUAUGGAUGUGUUUAGUUCAGUCCUCGGAGACAACCAGAAACCUGAUUCGGGCUAUGUGAAUCUGGAUGCUCCUAUGCCAAAUGUUACUCGGUACUCCGCUGACAACUUGCGACUACGAUGUGAAAUUACUGGCUAUCCGAUCCCAAAGUAUCAAUGGUUCAAAGACGAUUAUGUCCUUCGGAAUGAAGGCAGGGUUAGCAUUAAGCUGACACCUUGGGGCUCUAGGCUUAGAAUCAAGAAUCUAAACGCAGAUGAUUCUGGUGUUUAUGGUUGUCGGGGAUGGAAUAAUUUCGACACGAAGAACACGACCGGAGUUGUGCAUGUAAGCCCAGACAAGGCACCAGAUGCUGACAAUGACUAUGAUGGUGACAUUGACCUGUUUCCAGAUGGUUACCCUGGAGAUAUCGAUUACGAUUCUGGCUCUGUUAUUAAAAAUGAUGAUAGCAGCUUUAAUGGAAGAUAUGACCCAAACCAGAAAAUCGAAACAGAUGAGACCUCUGUUGAAGAACCUCGACAGCAGCCAUUUUGUCAGCUGUUUAAAGGCAGUGUAUGUUCAACACAUAUCGGGAACAAGUCCAUCUAUGUUACCUCUAGAUACGCUCAAGGUUUGAGGGAGGAGAAAGUCAUAGCUGCACUCAGUGUGAUAGGUAACUCAAAUGAUCUAUCAGAUAGAUGUCGGAAGUACGCCAUCCCGUCGAUCUGCCAUUUCUCAUUCCCGCAGUGUGAAAAAUCUACUGGACUUGGGGAUCCGUUAAAAAAGCGCAUGAUUUGCAGAGAUGAGUGCGAGAUGCUGGAAAACAAGCUCUGUAAAAAUGAAUACAUUGUGGCGAAGAACCAUCCACUGAUUGACAACAGUGUGCUACCCAGAUGUAACGAGUUACCAAAGUACGGGACUCCAUGUAUCAGGGUAGGCGUGCCCCUUAAAGGCUAUGAUGACAAAUGUUUCAAGGGUAAUGGGGCCACAUUCAAAGGUCAGGCAUCAAAGACAAAGAGUGGGAAGGAAUGUAGGAACUGGAACCAUAAUCCCGAGUAUCCUAUUGACCAGCCAAGAUUUAGUGACAUUUUAGGAGACCAUAACCAAUGCCGUAACCCAAAUGGAUCUAUGGCCGGACCUUGGUGCUAUACAGACAAUAACUUCAAAUAUAAAGAGUUAUGUGAUGUCCCUGUCUGUGCAACUUCUACAGAAUCGAGUAACUUGGUUGUAAUUAUUGUCCCUGGAAUCAUUGUUCCACUGGCCUUGGCACUACUGUUAGCUUUAGUUUGUUUCUGUCAAAGAUCGAGGAAGAACAAUGCUGCAAACACAAAGGCUGUUAUUGGCAACAAAGCUCAAAACAUGGAGUUAUGUCCCUUGACUGCGAAGUCGGCUUCUCAACGUGUGCGUGAAUUUCCCAUAUCAUCAGUGCGGUUUCUACAAGAGCUAGGUGAGGGUGCGUUUGGUAAAGUGUAUAAAGGCGAAGUGCUAGGGAUGUUUGGUGAAAAUACUGUUUCUAAAGUGGCAAUAAAGACAUUAAAAGAGAACGCAGCACCAAAAGUUCAGAAUGACUUUAGACGUGAAGUUGACAUGAUGUCAGAAAUGAGACAUCCGAAUAUAGUGUGUUUGUUAGGUGUAGUGAUGAAACAGGAACCAAUGUGUAUGUUGUUUGAGUACAUGUCGAUGGGCGACUUGCACGAGUAUUUGAUACAGCAUUCACCACAUUCAGAUAUGUCGGUUGUGUCAAGUGAAGAUGGUUCGCAGCGCCCAAUACUAGAUUAUGGUGAUAUGUUACACAUUGCUACCCAGAUUGCCUCUGGGAUGGAGUACCUUGCUAGUCACCACUUCGUUCAUCGAGACCUUGCGGCAAGAAAUAUUCUUGUUGGCGACAAUCUCACAGUCAAAAUAUCAGAUUUUGGGCUGUCCCGUGAUGUAUACUCAUCAGAUUACUACAGAGUGCAGAGUAAAUCCCUUCUGCCUGUCAGAUGGAUGCCUGCUGAGUCCAUUAUGUAUGGAAAGUUCACCACAGAAAGUGAUGUUUGGUCUUUCGGUGUUGUGUUGUGGGAAAUAUUCAGCUACGGACUUCAACCGUAUUAUGGUUUUUCAAAUCAAGAAGUCAUAGAGAUGAUACGAUCACGUCAAAUUCUACCCAGUCCUGAGGACUGCCCUGCUAGAAUGUAUGGACUUAUGGUGGAGUGCUGGCAUGAAAUGCCAACUCGUCGACCAAAUUUCCGCGAAGUACAUGCUCGACUACGUGCAUGGAAAAGUGAGCUCCUAAUGCAAAAUCCACAUUGGAGCUUAUCACAGAGUCAUUCGGCUCACUCGAGUUCGCACCAGAGCUCACUACAAAGCGGACCUAGUCAUCAAGGGAGCACCGGCCCCAGCAACACAACUGCCAUGACGGGGUUGACGGGGAGCAGUAACAACUCCGAUCCCGCACAGUUUAAUCAGAUGGCUCCAGCUCCACCCCCAGUCAUAACCAUGCCACCCAUGCCACCCAACAACCCUGGGUAUGGCAACCAACCUGGAUAUGGCCAGACUCAAACUGGCCAACCAGUAACAGUGACUUUUCAAGGAAUGCCAACGCAGAAACAAAUCUAUAGUGCUUUAAACACAAUUCAACAACAGAAUACCAAAAACACUCAAAUGCAGCCAACUUCUAAUGGACCUACAAAAAUUUCACCACCAGAGUCGGUCGCUAGUGGUUCAAGCUCUGGUUCAUCAACAAAUAAAGGAAAGCUUGCAAAUUCUGUCGGUACACCAUCUAAUUCUACGAUGUCUCCCCCGCCAUACUCCGAGUGCAACCGCUUCAACAAUUUUCUAAAUCAGAAUGCUUACAUUCCUGAAGCUAGAACUGCAGAAAUUUGAGAAAAUAGUAUUAGUCCAUUGUUUAGUGUUAAACUGCUAGUAGAGUUCAAAGCUUUACUAAAUGUGUGUACAAAACAGCAUGGCAGAAACGCUUAACUUUUUGACCUUGAGAUUCGUAAAGUUUCGCUCUAUGAAAUAGUGUGUAAGGCUUUACCUUGGUGUUUCGAUGCUGUGAUGGAUCUAGGUGGUUUUCAUCUAGAAGACCUGCAGUCAAAGCAGAAAGCAGAUGGUGUGUUCAUCGUAUAACGAUGUAUUUUGACGAGGAAAAAUAUGACAUUCACUUGAUGAAUGUGUCCUCAGUAGCAGUUGGCUUUCCCCUCUACAUGAUUCGAGCAUAACCUGUCAGUGUCAUGUAAAAGGAGCCGUUUCGAAAAUUGGAACUUUCCUGCAUAGACAAAUGAGUUCAGUUCACCAGAUGGAGUAGUGUUAUCCUCUGCUUAGUGCAAUACUCUUGUAACUGCAGAUAAUUUGGGAUGAGAGCAAAAGUGGUCUAAGUACAUAUUAACAAAGAAUCUGAUAGACUUCUUUUGCUUCCAAACAUAGAAAUUUAGCAGGUACAACAGUGUUGCAUUGAUGAGAAGAUGUUCAUUUGGUAACAGGAGAUCAGGCUUCAUAUUUUAACAGUCUGAAAACUUUUUCAUAAGGUAUACAAAUUCAGCUAAGACUUGAAAACGUUGUGAGUUGAGUUUACAUGAAACAUAACUCAAUAAUUUUUAUUCUCACAAUUCUGCCAUUUUAGAUUUUUGUAAACGUGGUUUUUCUCAUGGUACUUCCACUUAAGAUACUUUUAGCUGGGUAAUUGUUCACUGAUGAACAGAAUAGGUUAUGAUAUUUUCACCUUUUUUAAAAAAAUAAUUUACUUAUAUCAAAUAUGCAUGGGUUUUUCAUUUUACUAUUGGUUUGCCCCUUGACUACUCUCCCUUUAUUAGUGAAAUGAUCUAGUCUAUAACCAGUAAAUGAAAGUAGAGGGUUGAAAUAAAAACAUGCUUUGAUUUAAUAUUAUCAUUGACUGUUACCAAGUUAAAAGUAGAUUAAAGAUUUACUGUUAGUUUUUAAAUGACUGAAAAAUUUGUUCACAAGAAACAAAACUUUAUUUUAUAUUAAAAAAAAAAAGAUGUGGUGGUGCUAAAUAGCAUUAUUUUGGUCUCAGAGUUGAAAAAUAUGUUUAGUAUUCAAGCUAAAGAAAACUGUUACCGAAUUACUGUUUUUGAGUUAUUGAAUUUUAUAUCCCUUAAAUGUGUUUUGGUAAGUGUUUGUUUUGGUUAGAAUUAAAGAAAUAAAAUACAAAAAUAGCAAAAAAAUACGUCAAAGAAAAAUGCGAAUUCUGCUACUGAUUUGAAAUGGCCUGAGUACUUUAGCAUUAUUUUGUUAGUCUUGAUGUUUUCAUAUGAGAUUGAUGCUUUUAUAAUAGACAUGCCGUCAGACAGCUUCUCAUUAUAAAUUUUGUUGUUUUAUGAAAUUGUAAGCUUAUAAAAUUGAUAAUCACUGGAUUAUAAUGAUGCAUUUUUAAGGAGUAUUUAAAAUGGUUGUGAUUUCAUACUUGUACCCACAACACUUGUGUACUACAACUGAACUUACAAUGAUAAGUGUAACUAAAAUAUGUUCAGUUGAAUUAAUUGGGUUGCUUACUAGACACAAGUGUACAUAUUAAGACUUCUGAUCAAUGUUAAGACAACAAUUCGGACAUUUAUGGUUAAAUUGAAGAUUGUAAUGUUCUGACCUUUUGAGUUUGAAUGAAAAUUCAUACCUGUACAGUAUAAAAUCACAACCGCUUUGGAAAGCAUGCAGAUACUUUAAUGCUUAAAAAUUACAUUUGGUGCAGUUCUUGAAAAUAUGUCAAAAAGAUAUUUAUUUUAUUAGUAGAUCUCUGUUUUGAGAUCUUGAUAGAUCCCUACAUGAGAUCUUAAUAUAUCUAUAUUUGAGAUCUUUAGAAGAUCUCUGUUAUCACUUUUGUAUGUGUUAACUAUUUUUUCAGGCUAAAAGAAUGCAUUACGAACAAAAGAUCAUAAACUUUUGAGGUCUUUAAAAAGUGAAACUAAUAACUAUAUUAUUAUAAUUAUGUUUUGCUGAAAUGCAGUUUAGUAUGUUAUGCUACUUCUAACCUCAAAUGUUCUAGUAAUACAUUUAUUCUAGAAUUAACAUAAAAAUCAAAGUUAUGAUGAAGUGAAAUUGUUUUUACAGUAUUAUUUUUCAUUUAUCAGUUAGUGCACAUGUUACACUCAUAACAUACCAUAGGGUAAUAGGUCAGUUUAAAAUGUUUCAAGCUAUUUAAAAUUAUUUUUUUUAAAUGCCUUGGAAAUUAAAGGCAAAAAAAAAAAACAGAGAAAAAAAGAUUUUAUAUUGGACUUAAAACUAAGAGGAUUUGAUUCAUGAAAACAAUGACCAUGUCUAAAUUUCAGUCAUUUAAAUUUCUCUUUGUAGUUUUAAAGAAGAGAUGUUUUGAUUGGUUGACUAUGUUGAAGAUUCAACCAAUGAAAUUCCAUUUUAUAGCCAGAGAUAGAGGUUGUGUAGUUUUAGUAUUCUUUGAGCUAUUUGUUGGGGCAACAGUGGUUUAGUUGCUCUCUUUUAAAGUUUUUUUUUCUAUUAUUGAAUUUUAAACCAAAGUUUAAACUGGUGCAAUAGAACUUACAUAUGUACAGUUUAUGUUAGAAAUGUUAGUGAUUGGUUCAUGUAUGUUUUUAUGUAUUACGUAGCUCUACGCAAAGAAAAAAGGUCUGCGACCUAUUUUUUUGUUGCAUGGCUUAUAAGUUACCUGCUUUAUAUGAUUAUUUUCUCCAUAUUUCUAGAGUUGAAUGCAAAACUUUUGUAACUCACUGAAUUAUGACUGUUUUGCAUUUAGCCCUUGUGUUGUACUUUUUCAUCACAUCUGUCUGCGGAUACUAUCUCUUAAUUUUUUAAACUGAUUGAUUGUUAAAACAAUGUUAGUCAAGAAGUUCAGAUAUUAUUGGGAAAAUGAGUGACUUAAUUUUAAGCUGCAUUAAAUAUCUUAGUAUUAUUACUGAAAUGACGAUUAUUUUGAAAAGAAUUAAGAGGAUUUUUAUGUUUGAUUUUAAAAGUUUUAAAACUUGAAUGGAAAACCAAGGUAGGUUAACUUUGGAAAAAGAAAUCAUUGGAAACCACAUUUUCCUCAAACUUAUAUUUGUUUUUAUAACUUUUAGUAAAAAUUCUGUUUUCUUCUCUCAUUGUCAUAGGUUACUUGAAAUGAAAAAUAAACUUAAAUUAUGAACUAUUUUAAUCAAGAUCAUCACACUUUAUUUUCUUGAAAGGAAAGCAGUAAUGUAUUUCACUUGCAGAUGUGCUUUACACAUUAUGAAUAUACAAGUUUGAACUACUUUAAGUUGUAUACCGGAAGUCAUUUUCAGCCAUUUAUAUUGCUUGAUGACCAAGGUCAUUUUCAGCCAUCUUGUAUUGCUUGAUGACCAAGGUCAUUUUCAGCCAUCUUGUAUUGCUUGAUGACAAGUCAUUGUCAGCCAUCUUGUAUUGUUUGACAACUGAAGUCAUUUUCAGCCAUUUUGUAUUGCUUGAUGACCGAAGUCAUUUUCAGCCAUUUCAUAUUGCUCGAUAUUGUGCCAUAUUACUUGUUUCAUUAGCUGAUUUUGGAGGGAUUUUCGCAAAAAUUGAUUGUAUUCAAUGACAAACAAGAGUAACGAGAAUACAGCUCAGUCACGGACAGCUGACAGUACAAUCACUUUUUUGAUUUUCAUGGAUUGAUUAUAAAGGGUAAUUUUAGAAAUGGUAUAUUCCAAAUGACUACAGAAUGUGACAAAAAGUUCAAGGUUAAGUUUUAUUUUGAUAAUUUCUUUCCCUUCGGCAAGUAGGACUAUAUUGUUUAACUCCCUUUAAAGAUGAACAAGCCAAAUGAAAAAAAAAAGUGCGCCCAGCUGAUUUUGUCAUUUUCCUAGCAGAACAUAGGGACGAGUUUGUAUAACUUAAUUUUGGCUUCAUGUAAAUGGUUUUACAAAGAUUCUAGUACUAGCACUUUUAUCAGUAUUCACAUGUCUGCUAACUUAAGAAAUCCAGUUUGGAAAUGCCAUUUAUGUGUUUUCAUUUAUAGCAUUUCUUGCUUCAUUGUAAAAUUCACCGCUAAAUUUCUAAAAUGGACUGGUCCAUGAACCAGUGUGGGCAAUACCAUUUAUUAUUCGAAGAGGUGUUCACUGAAAAUUUACUGACUGAACAGCGAACAGUGCAGACCAUGAUCAGACUGCACGGAUGCGCAGGCUGAUCUUGGUCUGCACUGGUUGCAAAGGCAGAAUCACUUGCCGCAAGCAGGGUAAAAGUUAAUGUCUAAAACGUAAUAAAAGAGUUCAAGGAUAAAUAGUGGUUUUAACUGGUUAAGUAUCUCUGAUAAGCCAAGCAAGUGGUAAUAAAGUUUUGUAAAGGUUGAUUUACAGCAAUUUUGUAAAAUUUAAAACUUUAAUAAUCUUUUUUAAAUCAUGUCUGUGAAAUGUAAAAGAAGAAACACAAUUUCUCUGUAAAAGUUUGUUUUUAAUUUGUAUUACAUAUUUAAAAACAUGAGUGUGCUUUGUUUAUUGCUCAGUAUGGUGUCAGAUUUUAAACAAAAUUUCAGAAAACAUAAGACAUUGACACAUUUAAACAUUUUUAGUGUCUAUAUUCAUUCAUUAAAGAUGGACUUUUUCCAUUUUAGAAUCGUCAAAAUUUAUAUUGUUUUUAUCCCUUUCUUCAAUAAUAGACUCCGCCAUGUUACAUUAUUGAGCCAGUCUAAAGUUGAUAAUAGGGUUGAGUAGGAUAAACCAUGCAUAUUAUCAUACAUGUAAUUUCAUUAGAAAAUAUAUAUUCAACAGCAGCUACAUUUUCAUUUGAUUAUUCAUGAUUUAAACAUGUUAAAGACGGUGCUAUACUAUAGAGCCAUUUUUACAGAAAUAAUUAUAUAGAAUUAGGUGUUUAUACUACUCCGUUUAUGUCUGUUAUAUGAAUACACAAUCAAAUUAUCAAUGUUUGUAAGAGCUGUUAUAAACUGAUAUUGUAUAGAUAAUGCUGAAAUAUCUGAAUACCUGAAAACUAUUUUUUUGGACAGAAUUUUUGGGUAUAAUGCCAUUUUUAGUAUUUAUCCAGGUGUUCCUUUUAAAGUAGACUGAAAGGUAGCUUUGAUUCAAUGUUUGUCAUAAAGUCAUUCACUGACCUUCUAAUAAUUUUCCAAAUAAAGAAUUUAUUUAAAAACAUGGAUUUUGGUUUGGCAUCAAUGUCAGAACUUUCUUUAGAAAAAUAUCCAUUUGUAGUGGGCAAGAAAUAGUACUAACAUAUAAGAUCUAGUACAUGUAUUUACUUAAAAGACAUAUUACAAUCAUAAUAAUAUGUAGAUAAAAGUGUGUUUUAAUCAAAUAAAAGUUUGCCGAGUCAAAAGAUUUUUGAAAAAAGUGGCAAAAGUGUAAAUGUAAACAAGAAGUUAGAAGGUGAGUGAGUCACAAUGUGCACUGUAUGUUGACCUGUGCAAGCUCUUACCUGCAUUAGAAGGUGAGUGAGUCACAAUGUGCACUGUAUGUUGACCUGUGCAAGCUCUUACCUGCAUUAGAAGGUGAGUGAGUCACAAUGUGCACUUUAUGUUGACCUGUGCAAGCUCUUACCUGCAUUAGAAGGUGAGUGAGUCACAAUGUGCACUGUAUGUUGACCUGUGCAAGCUCUUACCUGCAUUAGAAGGUGAGUGAGUCACAAUGUGCACUGUAUGUUGACCUGUGCAAGCUCUUACCUGCAUUAGAUAAUGUUGUUGUGAUCUUGUGUGUAUUUAAGAAAAAAACUAAGUAUCGUAAUAUGUAUGUGUCUUAAGUUGUCAUGUAACUUUUCAACUCUGUAAUAUAUACACACUGUGUUGCAUGUAAAUAACUGCAUCGCGAUAGACACAUUUCACUUUUAUUAAAAUGUUUUUAACUUUAAAA